ACACAUAACCAGGCAGAAGUCAAACUAAAAACUUGCAUAAAUUCCAAUUUGUCUCAACCAAUACUAUUUUACGUAGACCCUCCCUUACCCCAAAAAGGGUUUAGAGCAGAUCUUCCCAUCUGUAAACCUCAGAGUGGCUUUCCACCUCACGGGCCUGGGAUUAGAAGGCCAAGGUGGGGACCCAGGCGGCAUACUCUGGAUGAAGCAUUCGGCAGAGAGAGCACUGGACGGGGUGUCUAGUCCCGGGCCUGCCAACGCCCGCUGAGACACCCGCUGAGAUACCCAUGAUUAUCCCUAAAACAGGCACGUGACACCAUGGGAACAGGAGAAGUGGAGACAAGCGCGGCAGAACUAGCUACGUUUUAUAAAAUUCUUAUCAAGGCUUAGCCAACUAAGUAUUCCUUAUGCACUUAAACCUCCCACUAACUCCUUGAGCUGCAUAUACUAUCCCCACUUUGCUACAGACCACAAAGCUAGGAUCUGAACUCAAGUCUGUGCUCUUUAUCACAACACUGUUCAUCAAACGAGACAGAAGCUACCAGGGACUACAAAGCAGGGUGCUGGUGCAGGGAAGAAAUCAAAUCUGCUCACUGUGGCAUGGCUAACUCAUUAGGUCUCGGCUUGGUAACCAAAUAUGCUGGAGGCUAAGCCAGGGCUGUAUUUCCCCAGGUGUGCACCUUGUCUUUUAUGUGUCCUGUAGGGACAACCAGGCUUACAAAGGAGUAAUUGUGAAUUGCCAUGAAUUCCUAGCAAUCCCAACCCUCACAAGGCCAAAGAAAAAGAAAAUCCCUUCACUCCUGUGCUCAGUCAGCAGCGACACCUGCAUGAGGUUACCGCACUGACCACAAGGCUCCUGGGAGGCCGGGGGUACAGAUGGGACAGCAUGCUUAGCGAUCAAGGGAAAGCUUAUAAGGUCACCAAGAGUAAACUUGGGGUCCCCCAGUUCCUGACUCCAGAUCUGCUGCCACCUCUGCCCACCACGCUGACUCUACUGGAAUCUCUCUGUCCUCAAGUAACCAGACAUCAUAGCCGACAGCAGGGUAAGGUCAGCGAGUGCGAGGGGUUAGGAAAAGUGAGGACCACUGCUGUCUUAUUAGUAUAGUCUUGUUUGUGCUGGGAAGCGGUAAGGAAAAGAAAGGACUCUGGAGUUCCCUAGCCCCCAAAUGUCAGUAAAACAGAAGCACAGGCAAAGGGAAGUGAGAAGCCCCCUAAACAUGGCUCGUGCGCUUCCUCCCACAGGUGCUACACGUGAGUGUAUGGUCUUUGUCCAUCAACCGCCUUACCUCGAAGUAGCCCACAAUCAAGGGACCGCAACCAUUCAGUGUUCCUUCUCCCACACGGGGUGCCCUUCAAAGCAACCACAAAGCCUGUGGUUUCGCUACGGUGCGGACCAGCCCGAAAACCUAUGCGUGGAUGGCUGCACCGGGGAUGCAGGCAAAUUCACAGUGAAGGAAUUCCUCACAGAAAGAGCAGUCUCCCUCACUGUAAACAGGGUGGCUCUGAAUGACAGCGCCAUCUACAUCUGUGGAAUCGUCUUUCCCAAGUUAAAGGAACCAGGAGCUAAGCGGACCGGAGAAGGGACCAUACUGGUGGUAAGAGAAAUGAAGGAACCACACAGCCUCCUGAUAGCUGUUGUAUCACUGCUCUCUAUCUACAUUAUUGGUGCACUCGUGAUCUUCGUAAUCCUUUCCAAAUCAAAAUCUAACUCUUUAAGAAACAAAGAAACAGGAGAUUCACAAAAGAAGAGGAGUGCCCGACGUAUUUUUCAGGAAAUUGCUCAGGAACUAUACAGUAAGAGACAGGUGGAAACAAGACAACAACCUGCCGGAGCAUCUUUUUCUGCAAACAGACAAUGAUAAGUGUCCUGAAGACAAGUCUAGAAGAGAAAGGCAACAUUUAACGAAAAUAGAAGAGCACUUUCCAACUAUGAAAGACCAUAGAGAUGUUUUAAUUUUCAAUUAAGUCACUGAAAGUCCAAAUCCAGAAGUUAUGGCAGUGUUAUCGGACAUACGCCCAUCAGGGCUUUAAAAAACCAAUCAAAGGUAAAUGGAAAAGACAAUUCUCCACAAGGAAGGAUGCCACACUACAAGGGAACUAUCACUAAAAGUAAUUACCCAAAAUACUAAAAUCCUACAAAAUACAACUGAAAAAUACUUUCUAACUUGCCAGAAUUCUGAGUAGUCUAACAUUUAAAAAAUUUCCGUUUUCCUAACAUAUAUCCUAUAUUUGUGUCAUUUGACAUACGAGGUAUGUGAGGACUCCUACCCUGAAGAUUAGAAGUCACACCCCAUGCUUCUGUCUGCUUCUGUCUUGAGUGGAAGAAUUGUCUUUAUGGUUGUGGAAGUGAUGGGCCAAUGAGACUAAGAUGGGAGGGAGGGGAAAAAGGAAGGGAAGCGCCAAAAUUUGAGUUUAAAAAAAAAAAGGGAGGGGAAGAAGAAAAGAAAAACCAUCUUGCAAAGUACCUUGGAGCAAACACCGUUCUCCUGGUAUUGCCACUGGGUAACAGUAGAGUGCACAUUUUCCUGCCUGCAUAUGCAAAAUGACUUACAUCAUGCUCCCAACAAAAAGUGAAAAUAGAGUUAAGAAUAUGAUAGCUAAAAUGUAGAAGCUCCGACGCGGGAGGUUAAACAGAAAACCUCAGAACCUCAGAACACAGAAGCCUCAGCCAACUCUAGAUGUCACUGUUGGGCCAAAUAACAGCACCAGGGAAGCAGUGCGCAAGACACGUGCUUGCCUGUGCCUUUGCCAUAUUGAUUUUUAACUGAUUUAGGAGGGGAGUAUCAGAUAAGGGGUGGGGUCCAGCAAAGAUGUUUAUGGAAUCAUUACUAUGUCACUGAGAAAACAUAGUAUGCAUUGUUCUUUGAAAGCUACCUCAUUGUAAAAAUCGAUUUAAAGUACCCACAAGUGUGCAUUCGUUAUUAAAAAUGAAUUAUAACCUA